AUGGGUCGGCGGAUCGGUUGUGCGCUCUCCCUGCUCGCAGCUCCCGCCCCCACUCCACACUCGCAGCUCCGGAUGUUGAUCCCAGGGAGUGUCCUGCGCGAAACAGGGCAACACACAGGAGCCCACGCAGUUUUGGGCAGAGAGUUUACGAGUUCUAUGAACAUCAUCACCACCGGAGCGCUUGCGCUCACCACAACCGCCACCAGCAUGGCUGUUCACGCAUCGCCGUUCGCGUCAUCCGUCCUGUCCUACGACCAAGGCUCAAACGCCGUCGCAGGAUUCACCACCGCAUCGACGGCGCUGGGAAGCGCCGAGCGAUUCACAGGUGAAGGCAUCUUCCCGUCCGGCGUCACGCCAUUCAAUCCCGCGUUCGGGACCGACGAGAUCGUGUCCGUCGGAUCGGGUGGUCACCUCGCGCUGGGAUUCGAUACCGCGAUCACCAACAGCGCCAGCCACGCUUUCGGUGUUGACCUGAUCGUCUUCUCCAACGCCGGAUUCGCCGACACCACGUGGACCGACGCCGAUCCAAACAACGACGGCACGGGAUUCACCGGCGCCAAUCCAUUCAUCUUCGGCGCCGGAGGAGCCGCGACCAUCCAAGUCUCCAGCGACGGCGUUAACUGGAUCACCGCGACCACGAUCACCCUCGACCUCUUCCCAACACUCGGAUACGCGGACUACACCACACCAUCCCCCGCCAUUGCUGGAUCGGUCGAGACCGACUUCACCCAAGCGCUCGACCCCACACUGACCGCCGCGGACUUUGCCAACAUGACAUUCGAUCAAGUCCGCGACGCGUACAACGGCUCAGGUGGAGGCAUCGGGAUCGACAUCGCCUCGACCGGACUCAGCUCCGCGAGCUUCGUCCGCUUCCUCAACGAAUCCGGAAGCGCCUUCGAGAUCGACGCCGUCGCUGUCGUCCCCGCUCCGGGAGCGAUCGCGAUGCUCUGUGUUUCUGGAUUGGUCGCAUCGCGGAUUCAAAUCAUGAACAAAGCCGCUCCCAUCCUGUGUGCCCUGCUGACCUGCACGAUAUCCAGUGCGCAGCCGAUCGCGUUCCCCAAGGGACCCGUGCUGAUCGAACAGCCGUGGUGGUCGCAGCUCGGAGGUUCGAGCACACACUCAUCGAUACCGUUCACGCAAGGCCAGCAGCUCGACACCCCAAGCUGGACGAGCAUCGGUGACGAUUCCAUCGAGCUGAGCUUCGUCCCGCAAGCGGGAGUCGUCGCCGACGAAGUGCAUGUAUACGCGAUCGGACUCGACCAGAGCUUCGCGCGCCACCUCGCCGCGUUUGAUCAAGAAUCAGGAGAACUCAUCUGGUCCAGCGUAAUCUCGUUCGCGAUCCUCGAUUCGUGGUCCUCGCCUUCGAUCGAUCCCAAUAACCACAGCGUGAUCGUCGCGUCGGGAUUCACGAUCGCCGCCUACGACCGAAUCACUGGCGACGAACUCUGGUGCACGCCAACAAGCUUGCCCAUCGUCAACGCGUCGCCUUGCGUGACCGAUGAUCUCGACGGAACCAACCGCGUCUUCAUCACCGACUACACCUUCGCCGCGGGCGCGACCGGCUCGCUCAUCUGCAUCAACCUCGAUCCUUCCUCGCCAACCAACCCCUACGAACCAGGCGAAGCCGUCUGGACCGCAUCGCUCCCAGGGGACUGCUCAGGGAAUACCCCGGCUUAUCACGAAGGCGUCGUCUACGUCGCGACCGCCGACAACGGAUCGGGAGGCGCUGGUCACGUCCUCGCAUACGAUGCAACGAGCACAUCAACCCCUUCGCCAAUUUGGGACACCCCCAACCCCGAACCACUCGGAUUCUUCGGAGGCGUGACCUACCACAACGGCUUCAUCUACGCAUCGAGCUACAACUUCCAAGGCGGACAACGCAGCGCCAACACCAUCAAACUCGACGCAACUACAGGCGCCCUCCAAUGGUCCGUCCCCACCGUCCGCACCAACGCGACCCCGAUCAUUCUCAGCAACAACAGGAUCAUUGUCUCCGGCGGCGUGCCCACCUCGCCAUCCACCAUCUUCACAGGAUCACUCCCAUCGAUCGAGCUCAUCCAGGACCUUGGCAACUCAGCAAGCGUCCUCUGGGACACCUUCGAAGCAACCCACCAAGACCUCAACAAGUCCGGCUCAUGGGACCAAGGCGAACCCUACCUCUCCAUCGGAGGCUGGGGACACCACCCCAUCGCGAUGAUCGCGAGCGGCAACACCAGACUCAUCGCCGGGACCAUGUCGCCACCCACCGCGUUUGAUCCGUUCACGCACGCCGAGUCCCUGCACACGAUCGACCUCUCGAAACACCCCAGCGAUCCCGCGUUCAUCAUCUCCACACAAAGCUUCACCGGCACCUCCCCCGCGCUCUUCAACGGCCGCGUCUUCUCAACCUCAAGCGAAGGACUCAGCGCCCUCAAUCUCAUCAAUAACACACCACCACAGCCGAUCACACAACAGCUCCGCGCGAUCAUCGACGACCGCAAACCAGUCUCAUCACUCAAACCAACCCCAUGA